AUGGAGCACGAAGUCAAGUGGGCUAAGGAGAACGAAGAGUACAAAGAGUUCAACAUCUCUGUUUAUGAUAACUACGAUGAGAUGCUCAACCAUCCGGGACUUCAAGCUGUUUGGGUUUCUACGAGCACCGAUGUGCACUCCAGCCAGUCUCUCGCUGCCAUUGACAAGGGACUGCACGUCCUUUGUGAGAAGCCGUUGAGCACUGACAUGGCCGAGGCUCAAACUGUCGUUGACGCAGCGAGGAGGAACCCUCGUCUCAAGGUCAUGGCCGGUUUCUCUCGUCGUUUCGAUGCCUCAUACCGUGACGCAGCAACCAAGAUCUAUGAAGAUAAGGCCAUUGGUGAGCCCUUCAUGGUUCGCUCCAAUACCUGUGAUCUUCUCGACGAAACUGGCUUUUUUGUCCGUUACGCGUCUCGCAACGGUGGCAUUUUCGUCGACUGCGCCAUUCACGACAUCGAUUUAUCUCUCUGGUACCUCGGCAACCCAACCCCCAAAGCAUGCUGGGCAACCGGUACUCUUCAGCACCACCCUGAACUCAAGGACCUCAACGACGUCGACAAUGCAGUCGGUGUAGUCGAAUUCUGGGGCGGCAAGAUCGCUUACUUCUACUGCUCUCGAACCCAAGCCCACGGUCACGAUGUCUGCACCGAAAUCACUGGAAAGUCUGGCAAGAUUUCAGUCAAUGCUGUUCCCAAGGCUAAUAAUGUGGUUCUUGCGGACAAGCUUGGAAUUCGUCAUGAGGUUCAGCCUGAGUAUUGGCAGCGAUUUGAGGAUGCUUUUGCGCUGGAGGCCAAUGAGUUUGCGGACGCUGUUCUCAAGGAUAAGCCGGUGCCUUUGCCCAUUGAGGGAGGAAUGCAGGUUAUGAAUAUUGGUCGGGCGCUUCAGCAUGCGCUGCUGAGUGGGAACUUGGUCAAGUUUGAUGAGAAGGGCAAUUGGGAGUAG